AUGAUGACAUCAGUCACUCUACCUUCAAGUUCGACCAUCCACGGAGCGUACUCAACAUCCGUAGCCCCAUCGGAGGAGAUCAGCAACGAGCCCGACUUCGAGAUACCACGUCAGGUGGCCGUGAAAAGAUACCUGACGGUACCAGCGGCGGAAUCAUGCAAAAAGCGCAGGAAACAGUCGACACCCAUACGUAUAUCGGCAACGGACAUGGAACCGCCAACGCCAUCGACUUCCAUCACCUCAGAAGGUAGGCCGGCCACGCCUCCAGAUCAGACGUCUACAGAGCCCGAAUACCGAUGCCCAGUGUGCCAACUAUACUUUGAUACCUCGGAACAGAUCCAGCAUCACAUCGUCACCGAACACUCGCAGAUCGAAUGCAAGAAGGAACCGGAGGAGUUCAACGUGCCGACACCGCAAAGGAACGAUUCGUUGGAGUUGUCGAUUCCGAGGCCGGAUGUGCCGUGGAUGAACGAAAGCAAGGAGUGGCACAAUCCGGUCAACAAAGAAUGGCAUAACCAGAACAUGCCGAUGCCCUUCACGCCUACCAAUUCGAUGUUCAUGUCGUUGCCGCAGUUCGCACAAUCGGACAACAUACCGAGACAAUCCAUACGAAUAUUCAAUCCCGAUGCCUACUGCGACUUGUGCAACAAAGAGUUUUGCAACAAAUACUUCUUGAAAACACACAAGGCCAACAAACAUGGAAUUUACACAGACACGCCGACAUCUGAGCCACUUGGUAAUCCCGUGAACAUUCCGUCGUACACAGGAAACGUCAAGUUCCAAACAACCGUGCCAACAGUAGAUAAUAAUUUAGCGAUGAAGACCGAAAUCAAUCACAUACCGACUAGUGUUCUCAAUCCAUUCAGUGAAUCCAUGUUUCCGAACCCAUUCUCGAACAAGUAUCCAAAGAUCACGCCAAAGCAAAACUUAUUUAACGAACCCGAUCAAAACGGAUCUCCAGGCGCGAACGGCUACUAUCCCACCAACGACUGCGUCAAACAGGAAGACGUGCAACAAGAAAGUUCCUCUAGUCCGCGCGACCUUCAAACCGAAUCUACCUCAUUCAAAAACGACGAAGGACUCUACUACGAUUCCAUGAAGAACUCCCCGGUGUCCAGCAGAGAGGUCGACCUCUCGAACAGAUACAGACGCAUCGGCGUCAUGAACCCGAAGGCGUUCUGCGAGAUCUGCUGCAAGGAGUACUGCAACAAGUACUUCCUGCGCACCCACAAGAUGAAACGGCACGGCAUCUACAUCCCAGACGACCGGGACAUCAAAAUGGAGGGGGCCGGCAGCUAUCCGUGGCAGUCCAACAUACAGACGAGCCCGUUGAAUCUGAUCGUGACCGAACAAUCCAUUCAAGACAGAAAGACCACGUCGCCCAACGAUUUCAGUUGCGACAGCUGCGGCAUCAAGUUCCAAAACGCCAACCUGGCUCAGUUACACAACGUAACGGUGCACGGCAAGAUGGUGGCCAAGGAACAGGAGUCCGAAAACUCUUCGGACGAUAAAAAGUCGCCGGAGGCACAGAAUCAAGGUACAGACAAGUCGAUUAACGCCGAAGCCAUCAGCGAAGACCUACAAAAACUCCAGACUAUGAUCCUCCAGCUGAACGAUCUGGACGUUGCCAAAGUUUCGACCACCUGCAGCGCUUGCAACAAGGAGUUCGACAACAGAUAUUACCUACAUGCACACAUGAUGACCGAACACGGGGUCUUACUGGAGGAUAUGGCCGAGGAGAAGGCUGCCGAAACUGAAAACAGCUCCAACAACAACACCAUGUGCGACCUGUGCGGCAAGGACGUGCAAAAUGUUGUCGAGAUGAAGAAGCACAUCCUGGAGUUUCACUCCAACAACCCCUCAUCCGGCGACAACAUCAAGGACUACAACAACUUCAGCACGCCCGACAUCAAACCCAAUCGCAUUUCCAACCUCAUCAACCAACAGCCGGAAAAAAGAAUAUCAAUGAACGUAACCCCAACCAGCAGUUACUGUGAGAUCUGCAACAAGGAGUUGUGCAACAAGUACUUCAUGAAGACUCACAUGCAGCGAAUGCACGGGAUCGAAAUCGAGAACGGGGCCCAAAUCGGUGGCGUCGUGUGUGACAUAUGCAACAAAGAGUUGUGCAGCAAAUAUUUCCUGAGGGUGCACAAGCACAACACGCACGGCAUCGUUGAGUACGGCACCAGUCUGUUGCAGCCGAGGAAGACCGAAGGCGGCGAACCCCCGCCGCCCAUCAUGAUGCCGGAAUCCGACAACAAUUUGAAACCGGGCGACCUGGCCGACCUAAGUCACAGAUAUUUCACGCACUUCACCGAAGUGUGUUCGAUUUGCAGCCGACGAUUCAGGAGCACCAAGUGGCUGAAGGCGCACUUGCUGAGCGAUCACGGGCAAGCCGGGGCGGAGAAGUGGGCCGAAAUGGAACAGCAAUUGCAGCACACCAUCGGGCAGAACAAACAGGCGGCGCCGGUGAAGGCGGAGAGGUCAAGUCCGACUUUGAAAAUACCAAACGGGGGACAAGGCGAGAAUAUUUACAACGUAGGCAUCCAAAACGUGUUGUCUAGCUUGUUUGGCGUGGAUGAGUCGAACGCCAAGAACUACCAGUGUUCUUACUGUCCAUUUACAACGCAACUACUUCCAUUAUUGUUUGUUCACGAACGUUCACACACCAUCAACUCGUCCAUUAACAGUGAUGGUGCACCGCUUAAAUGUCCGGUGUGCCAGCAGAGUUUCAUGCAGCCUGGGCUGUUACAACAUCACAUGUUCACCCAGCAUCCAUUCCUACCAUUGCCGCCAUUCUUCAACGGCAACAACAAUUCUCAGGGAGAAACGUCUAAAGAGCCUUCUGAAGCCGAGGAAGAAUGCAAGAGUGGCGAAGAGGGAACAGCCAUCGUGGCCGACAAUCCGAAAGCCAACAAACCGAACAAGAACAAGAAGAAGGUACCACUGAAGCCAGUGGAGAUACCAGCGGAGAUCGGGCAGUCUUUGAAGGAUGUCGCGAAGAAGGCCCAGCUCCCCGCAACGUACGCUUUACCGCAAGGCGGCAGCUCACCAUCCUCACCUGGUUAUGUGAUGCAGGCGUUCCUGUUGGAGGAGGCCGCGGCCGCCGAACGUAGGGUCGUGCCGGCCGUGGUGUUCCUCCCCGUCUUACAAAAGCAACCCGCCCCACUGUCAGUUACCUUCACACUAACCCCGGCCUAACCCAUACCCCU